GCAAACGUAAAUAUCAGAAGAAGAAGAAGUUGCGUGGCGGAAACAUGGCGGACCUGGUUACGGAACAGUUCGGUUAAACGCAGUUUAGCUCCGUGGUCGUGUCUCGGAUCCGGUUCGGGUCAGGAUGGCUCACCAGUACCUGCGGCUGUCCUUCGGCUGCAGGAGCCUGGUCCGGCUGCUGCUUCGACCCCCCGGGACUCUCAGACCGGUGAUGUCUUCAGCUGCUCCAGGACAGGUGGAGAGUGGGUGGAGCCUAGAAGCCUGCAGGAGGCUGAGCUCCAAACCUCCUAAAGGAUUUGAGAAGUAUUUUCCUGACGGCCAGAAAGCAGAUAAAAGCUCUGAAGCUGAAGAACCAAAACCCUCCACUAAUCAGAAAGCAGCUGGGAGGUCAGGAGGAGCAUCAGGAGGAGGAAAACGAGGAGGACGUAAAGAGGACUCCAACUGGCACAGUCGGCUGCUGAAGGGUGACAUUCCCUGGGAUGACAAGGAGUUUCGGAUGUACUUCCUGAGCAGCGUGGCAUUCUGGACCGCCGUCACGUACUACUUCCUGCGGGAUGGAGGACGUGAGGUCACCUGGAAGGACUUUGUCAACAACUACCUGUCCAAAGGAGUGGUGGAUCGGUUAGAGGUGAUCAACAAGCGUUAUGUCAAGGUGGUGUUCUCUGUGGGGAAGACGCCAGUGGAUGGGCAAUAUGUCUGGUUCAACAUCGGCAGUGUGGACACCUUCGAGAGGAACCUGGAGAGCGCCCAGAAUGAGCUGGGCAUCGAGAGCGAGAACCGCCUACCGGUGGUCUACUCCACGGAGAGCGAUGGCACAUUCCUUCUGAGCAUGCUCCCCACGGUCCUCAUCAUAGGCUUCCUGCUCUUCAUGCUGCGGCGUGGUGCGGCGGGGGCGGGGCGGCCCGGCAGGGGAAUGGGCGGGCUGUUUAGUGUUAGCGAGACCACGGCCAAGAUCCUGAAGGACGAGAUUGAUGUCAAGUUCAAAGAUGUGGCAGGCUGUGAAGAGGCCAAGCUGGAGAUCAUGGAGUUUGUCAACUUCCUGAAGAACCCCAAACAGUACCAGGACCUAGGGGCCAAGAUCCCCAAGGGAGCCAUCCUGACUGGACCUCCAGGAACUGGGAAAACCCUUCUAGCCAAAGCCACUGCCGGCGAGGCCAACGUGCCCUUCAUCACGGUGAAUGGCUCGGAGUUCCUAGAGAUGUUUGUGGGCGUCGGCCCAGCCAGGGUGAGAGAUUUGUUCGCCAUGGCAAGGAAGAACGCUCCUUGCAUCCUCUUCAUCGACGAGAUCGACGCUGUCGGCCGGAAACGGGGUCGUGGAAACUUUGGAGGUCAGAGUGAGCAGGAGAACACUUUGAACCAGCUGCUGGUGGAGAUGGACGGCUUCAACACUGCUACCAAUGUGGUGGUUCUGGCCGGAACCAACCGACCCGACAUUCUGGACCCGGCUCUGCUGAGACCCGGUCGCUUUGACAGACAGAUUUACAUUGGUCCUCCUGACAUUAAAGGACGAGCAUCCAUCUUUAAAGUCCACUUGCGUCCUCUGAAGCUGCACGCCAACCUGGAUAAAGACGCCCUGUCCAAGAAGAUGGCUGCCCUUACACCUGGAUUUUCAGGGGCCGACAUUGCUAAUGUCUGCAACGAGGCUGCGCUGAUCGCCGCUCGCCACCUGUCUGACGCCAUCACCCAGAAGCACUUUGAGCAGGCCAUUGAGAGAGUCAUUGGAGGUCUGGAGAAGAAGACUCAGGUUCUGCAGCCAGAGGAGAAGAAGACGGUGGCGUACCACGAGGCGGGUCACGCUGUUGCUGGGUGGUUCCUGGAGCACGCCGACCCAUUGCUGAAGGUGUCCAUCAUCCCCAGAGGGAAGGGGCUGGGCUACGCCCAGUACCUGCCCAAGGAGCAAUACUUGUACACCAAAGAGCAGCUGCUGGACCGCAUGUGCAUGACUCUGGGGGGCCGCGUCUCUGAGGAAAUCUUUUUUGGGCGGAUCACUACCGGAGCUCAGGACGACCUGCGGAAGGUCACUCAGAGCGCCUACGCUCAGAUUGUUCAGUUUGGAAUGAACCCCAAGGUGGGUCAGGUGUCCUUCGACCUGCCCCGGCAGGGCGAGAUGGUUCUGGAGAAGCCCUACAGCGAGGCCACGGCCCGCCUGAUCGACACAGAGGUCCGAGUUCUGAUCAGCGAGGCAUACAGGAGAACCCAGCAGCUGCUUAAUGACAAGAAGGCAGAGGUGGAGAAGGUGGCCCAGCGGCUCCUGGAGAGGGAGGUUCUUGAUAAGAGCGACAUGGUGGACCUUCUAGGGAAGCGACCAUUCGCUGAGAAGUCCACGUAUGAGGAGUUUGUGGAGGGAACCGGUGGUGAGGACGAGGACACAACGCUGCCCGAGGGCCUGAAGGACUGGAACCAGAACCGUCAGGAUCGGGAGGAGAGUCAGGAUGAGCAGGUGGCCCGCCAGAUCUCUGGAGGCGUGCCCUUCUAGAACCGCUACUGAUGUUCUGGGUCAGAACCAUCAGACUGGAUGGACACAAAGUUGUGAUUCUGGAUUUUCAUUCAAGUUUUCUAAGGUUCUGUUAGCUGUUACAGACACUGAGGCUGUUGCAUCUGACCCAAAAGACACAAUCAGAACCCCCAAACUGCAUUUCAGAACCAAAGUAUCCUCAGCAUCAUGUCCACAGACCCAAACCAACCCUUCAGAACCGGCCCCAGAGCUCUUUAAAAGGGUUGAGUCUAAAACUUCCAGCAGAACCUUGAGAGACAUCCAGAUGUUCUGUUGGAAGGGUCUACUGGGCUCCUCUGUAACACUUUGUCUAGUUCUACUCUGAUCACCGGUCCAUAUGCUAGAACUUCUUUCUACAUCUUUUUAAUGUUCUUGAACCAGAACCGUAACAUUACAGGCUGUCACCUGCAGAAACUUUGGAGCAUGUAAGAUUCUGAAUCUGGACUGGAACCAACAGAAUUUAAUCCGAAACUCAUUUCUGUUUAUUCAACAGAACUGUUAACAGAGCCUGCAUACUGCAGCUGUCACCUGAUCCAUGUUGGGUGACCCCGACAGGAAACAGCACCACCCCGACAGGAAACGGAACCACCCCGACAAAACGAAACCACCCCGACAUGACACAGAACCACCCAAACAGGAAACUGAACCACCCCGACAGGAAACUGAACUACCCCGACAGGAAACUGAAUUACCCAAACAGGAAACGGAACCACCCCAACAGGAAAUGGAACUACCCCGACAUGACACAGAACGAUCCCGACAUGACACAGAACCACCUCGACAGGAAACAGAACCACCCCAAAGUGACAUGGAACCACCCCAACAGGAAACGGCACCACCCCAACAGGAAACUGAACCACCUACUUCUUGGGUUGAAGCAUCAUUUUGAUGUUCUGAGUUACAGAAAUGUUUUAAUUGGAUAAGAAGAGAAAUUUGACACAGAAGAUGUUAUUUGUAUUUUUGUUGGACUGUAGCUGAAAUUAAUGAAUAGUUUUAAAAUUCCAAAUAAAAAAAAUUUCUGGGCUCCUGCUUAUAUCAGAUGAAUAGAAACUGAAUCGUGUUUUUUUAUCAUUUCAUUAUUUAUGAUUAAUUACAGAGUAUUUUAUUCUGACAGUUUUGUAGAGGAAGUGACAUCAGAUGCAUACAAGAGGUGAAGAACACCGGUUCUGGCAUGUGUAUGACUGCUUUUAUUGUCAUUAAAGUUGAUAAACAUG